AAAUGUCUGUAAACAAUUUAAAUUUGAAUACAGAGAGAACAAACUAAUUAACAUAAGUACAAAGAUGUAAUAAAUAGCUGAAAAUGCCAACUUUGACACUUAGUCACGCAUAAAUAAACAGCCAAAUUAUAUUGGUCAAGUCACUAAGUCACUUUAAAAAUUGCAGUCAGCGGUGAAAGUUGCGUAGCUAAGAAAAAAUGCAAAAAAUAUUGUUAAUUAGUGGAAAACGGAAAUGCGGCAAGGAUUUCAUUUCAGAGAGAUUGCUAAAUCGCUUGGCAGAUCGUGCUCUGAUCGUUCGAAUCUCGGAACCUAUUAAGCAGGAAUGGGCGAAUAAGCUGCAGCUGGAUAUUCAUGCUAUGCUCAGUGAUGGCCCCUAUAAGGAGCAAUAUAGGCGUGACAUGAUCGUAUGGAGCGAUGAAGUGCGUCGCUACGAUUACGGUUUCUUUUGCCGUGCGGCCAUGAAGCAGGCUUCGGUGGAUCAAGUGGACUAUGUGAUUGUCAGCGAUAUACGCCGUAAGAAUGAUAUACGCUGGUUCCGCGAGACUUACGGUCCUCAAAUGGUACAAACACUACGCUUGACUUCGCUGCCAGAGACCCGCAAAGCGAGAGGCUGGCAAUUUACUGCAGGCGUGGAUGAUGGGCCAUCUGAAUGUGACUUGGACGACAGCUCCUUUGAUUAUGUCCUGGCGAAUGAUAAAGACGAACAAAGUGGAGAACAGCUCAUUGAUCGACUAAUGGCUAUGCUACAGAUUAGCUAAUUUAAGUGGCCUUCUAAUAUGCAUAUAAUUAUUUUUGAUAUCAAUCUCUUUUUUAAACAAAGAGAGCUAUUUUACACGAAACACACGAGCUGAAUU